CUAGACAUUUCCGCGGGUCAGUCCGCGCGUGUACGCGUUAAGAAUUACAUGUCGCGUGAUAUUUCUUCCAAAACAAAAUGGCGGCAUUUAUAAGUUUAAUUUUUUUAUUUGUGACUCUGUUACACGACUUAGCCGACGGCCGGGGAUUGGCAGGUUCGUCACAUGACAAGGUCAUAGUGUGCUACGUGUCCCGAUGGUCAGUGUACCGGCCUGGAGCUGGUAGCUUCGACAUAUUCGAUAUAGAGCCGUCACUCUGCACACAUCUUAUUUAUUGCUUCGUUGGCCUUGACGAGAACACGUUUAAGAUCACUAAUAUUGAUGCAUUUCAAGAUUUGGAAAUUAAUGAUGGUAAAGGAGGGUUUAAGCGGAUCGUGGCCUUGAAAGAGAAGCACAAACACCUUAAAGUCUCAAUAGGUAUUGGAGGAUGGAAUGAGGGUUCCGCUAAAUAUUCCAAGAUGGCUGCUGAUCCAAAACUGAGGAAUAUAUUUAUAAGGAGUGUCAUGAACUUUUUAGAAACAUAUAAAUUCGAUGGUCUCGAUUUGAACUGGGAUUACCCGACACAAAGAGGAGGCAAGCCGGAAGAUAGGAAGAACUACGUACAUUUGAUUAGGGAAUUGUCAGAAGCAUUCGAACCGUAUGGCUUUCUUCUAACAGCUGCACUGAGACCUGGCAAAGACGAUAUGGACACGGUGUACGAUCUGACACAUGUAAAUUACUAUCUAGAUUUCAUGCACAUCAUGACGUAUGACUACCACGGAGCUUGGGACGGCGUGGUAGGGGCGAAUGCGCCAAUACGAGGCCAAUACAAAGAUGACAUAUACAGCAUAGAGUACACAAUAAAUUACCUUUUGUCCCAUGGCCUGACCCCAAGUAAGAUGGUGUUUGGUUUACCAAUGUAUGGACGAACUUAUUGGUUUAAUACUCGUAAUGUUAAUGAUAUAAUAUUUGGUGAAACUACUACGAAAACAACAGGAUUCCAAGGACAAUUCAGUAAAGAAGACGGUUUCAUGGGAUACAAUGAGAUCUGUUUGGAAAUUACAAAUAAAUCCUCUCUGUGGACUCAACAUUGGGAGGAGCAUACGAGCACGCCAUAUAUUCGAGAUGAAGAACGUUUUAUUACAUAUGAUAAUCCACGCUCCAUCGCCAAUAAAGUCAAAUUUGCAAUGGAUCGUGGUCUUGGUGGCUUCUCAGCUUGGAGUAUAGUAACCGAUGACUUCAGGGGAUCCUGUGACGAGGAACCGGAUACGUACAAAGAUUACAUCGAAAGAUUCAAUAAGAUUUCAGACCAAACUCUUCUAAAAGAUGCAUUGAUUAGUUUGACAGAAAACGAAAACGAAAAUCAAUUCUACGUGAUAUCUGAUAAGAAAGUGCGUUUACGUCUCCCGAAGCCGAGUUUCGCAAAUUACCCACUCCUGAGGACUGUCAACGAAGCCAUAUUCCUAGCAACAGAAGAGAAGAGAGUCCUAGAUGAAAUGGAAAAAAUUAAAACACAUAGAAGGAAUGAGUUAGAGAAGGGCAGCUCACCCUGUAUAAGGACUUGCACAGAGGUCUGCUUUUAUGGCUUGUAAACCG